CACCAGGCUUCCUGUCUCUUCGUUUACAUACAUCUCUGCAGAAGUAACAAGCACUCUCCUCAGGGGGCUCCUGGCCACACACUCCCAGCCUUCACAUAGACACACCUGUGUGAAAAGCAGAAGGGAGGGAAGACACAAGUCCCAAGGCCCUGCCCUUUGUGCGGGGAAGACCCAGGUCCCUGCUUCAGCAAGGCCGCGAUGAAUCCAGGAGCUGCUCUUAGGUGUCUGCUCCUGGUGCUGGAGUUGGCGAUGCUCCCCGCGGUCACUCAGGGGAGAGAAGUAGUGUUGGGGAAGGUGGGAGACACAGCCGAGCUGCCGUGCAGUGGUUCCGUGGGGAAGAACAUACUCUUCAACUGGCUACAGUCUUCCACGGUCAAGAUCCUGGGGCGUCAGGGCAACUUCUGGAUCACAGGUGCCUCCAAGCUGAAGCAUCGUGUGGAAUCGAAAAAAAACCUGUGGGACCAAGGAUCCUUCCCUCUGAUUAUCAAGAAUCUUGAAGCAGCAGACUCAGGGGUUUACUUCUGUGAGGUAGACGGCAAGAAGCAAGAGGUGGAGCUGCUGGUGUUCAACCUGACUGCCAAGUGGGACACCGGCAGCAGCAGCGGUGGCAGCAACAUCCGCCUGCUGCAAGGGCAGCCGCUGACCCUGACCGUGGAGGCCCCCUCUGGUGGCAGCCCUUCCGUGCAAUGGAAAGGUCCAGGGAAUAAAAGCAAGGGCAGCGGCCAAAGACUCUCGCUGUCUGGGCUGGACCUGCAGGAGAGCGGGACCUGGACAUGCACCAUCUCCCAGAACCAGAAGUCAGUGGUGUUCAACAUAAACAUCUUGGUGCUGGGUUUCCAGAAGGUCUCUAACACAGUCUAUACAAAAGAAGGGGAGCAGGUGAAGUUCUCCUUCCCACUUAGCUUCGAAAUUGAAAACCUGAGUGGGGAGCUGAGGUGGCGGGCAGAGGGCACUCCCUCCUCCCUGCUCUGGAGCUCCUUCACCUUGGAGAACAAGAAGGUAUUUGUCAAAGAGGUCCACCACCCCAGACUGCAGCUGAAGGAAACGCUCCCACUCAGCUUUAUCCUGCCCCAGGCUUCGUCUCAGUGGGCUGGUUCUGGAACCCUGACCCUGAGUCUUGCCAAGGGGACACUGCAGCAGGAAGUGAAUCUGGUGGUGAUGCGAGUGACGAAGUUUCCGAACAAUUUGACCUGUGAGGUGAUGGGACCCACCUCCCCAGAGCUGACGCUGAGCUUGAAUCUGGAAGAGCGGGCUGCCAAGGUCUCAAAGCAGCAGAAGCUGGUGUCGGUGGUGGAGCCUGAGGACGGAACAUGGCAGUGCCUACUGAGUGACAAGGACAAAGUCCUGCUGGCCUCCAAGGUUGAGGUUUUGUCCCCAGUGUUCACCAAGGCCUGGCCAAAGCUCUUGGCCAUUGUGCUGUGCGGGAUCUUAGGUUUUCUGCUUCUCCUUGGGCUCUGCAUCUUCUGCUGUAUUAAGUGCUGGCACCGCAGGCGGCAGGCAGCACGGAUGUCUCAGAUCAAGAGACUCCUCAGUGAGAAGAAAACCUGCCAAUGCCCCCACCGGCUCCAGAAGGCAUGCAAUCUCAUCUGAGGCGCAGGGCCAAGGGAGUUUCCGGCUCAUAGCCUCCCCAGCUGCCUUCCCUUGCCUUUCCUGCCCGGCUCCUGGGCUUGCGCAGAGCAGAUGAACAUAGCAGACCCCAGCACUUCCGGCCCUCUCCUGCUCUCCUUGGCAUUAGUCCUCCUCCUGCUGAGGCUUAUACCAUUUCUUCCCUGUUUCCUUCACAUCAAGUCUAGCCCUAUCGAUGAUUUCUUCCCAGCUCUCUCCCUCGCGGCCCACUGGUCCCCGGGGAAUCACGUGGGACCAGCCCUGCCUGGCUUGGAGGGCAAGGCUGGGUGUCUGAAGCAUGAAGCGCAGGGCUGUGAUUUUACUGGUCUGGACCCUGGGACCAGAGGGGGCAGACCCCAGCCCUAGAUCACACAGCCGGAGGAGGGUAGAUCCAGAUCAGAAGGCUCCUGACUGCCAGCUUCCCCUGCUCCAUUUGGUCUGCUUCUCAAUCCAUGUUGGCAGGACACAGACUCACAUCGUGACCUGUGCACCAACAGGCACCCCUGGACCCACACGUGUGUACAGAGUGCACACUUGUGCACAGACACAAUUCCUUAUGCCCCAAGCCGUAUGUGUCAGUUUAUAAGCCGGUUUCACAUUCUUUGUUUGUUUAAACCUUGAGAAGAUAGUGUAGAGCUAGGAGUGUCGGGACCAAGAUUAGCAUCUCCAAUUUAUAGACCAGAAAUGGAACUCAAGAGACGUCAGAUGACCACCCAAGGUCACACAGCUAGUCAGUGCCAAAGGAUGAGCCCAGGUCUCCUAACCCUUAGUUCCAGGGCUAUGCCUUGAACACAGAGACAGUUACCAUGCAGAUGUCUGCAGCUGAUUAGUCGCUGAUGCCCAGGACCCAGCUCUGGAUUCGUAAAAGCACGCCACCCCAGACAGGGCUUGCCUCAGAGAGUUCAGAAACACGGAAGAGGAGCCCCCCUGUCUGAAAUUCCUCCUCUAUUCACCUGCCGGUGGCAGAAUCCUGUUACCAGAGGACAAAGCUGUCAGUUCUCCUAAUCAGAGCACAGGCUGGGAGCCACAGGCCCCGUGGGAGAGAGGGUGCCCAGUGACCUACCAUUCACCCUGUUGCAGAACCUUCUGGAAGGUGAGCUUUGCCAGGGGGAGGGGGCGGGGAGUUGGCUGGAGAGGGAACCCUCUGAGGGACUCCUGUAAAGGGUGACAGAGCCGGGCUUCCGUCCCCCUGCCCUGUACUUUCCUUCAUCCCUCCCCCAAACCAUCCAGGAUACAGGAAAAUUGGGGUUACAAGAGGCUUCUUCUUCCUCUUCUUGGUCCAUUUCUCUCAGGAUCCCCAGCCUCCUCUGCCUCUCCUUCCUUCCCUUUCUCACCACCUGUCUCAGUCCUGACCCCCUCUCCCUAAUCUUCUCUUUCCAGCCUGCCCCUUCCAGGAGGACUCCCUCCCCACUGCUUGCUUGGUAUUCCUGCCCACUCCAGCCCCUGCCACAGAAAAAUACAAUAAACUUACUAUAAAGAA